CGGCCGCUGGCUCCCGGCGUCUCCACGGACCAAGAGCCAUGGCGGAGACGGAAGCUAGUUUGCUGCGCCAGUUCCCGCUGCUUCUACCCCAGAACCGGGCGAAAACCGUGUAUGAAGGAUUCAUUUCAGCUCAGGGAAGAGAUUUCCAUCUUAGAAUAUUGCUGCCCAAAGAUUUACAACUGAGGAAUGCAAGAUUACUAUGUAGUUGGCAGCUGAAAGCAAUACUUAAUGGAUAUCAUCACGUAGUGCAACAGAGAAUGCAGCACUCUCCUGAUCUAAUGAGCUUUAUAGUGGAGUUGAAGAUGGUUUUGGAAGUUGCUUUAAAGAAUAAAAAAGAGCUGUAUGUACUACCUCCUCCUCCCCAGUUCUACUCAAGCCUUAUUGAAGAGAUAGGAACUCUUGGUUGGGAUAAGCUUGUGUAUGUGGAUACUUGCUUUAGUACCAUCAAGUUAAAAGCCGAAGAUGCUUCUGGUAGAGAGCAUCUCAUCACUGUCAAGUUGAAGGCGAAGUACCCUGCAGAAUCACCAGAUUGUAUUGUGGAUUUUCCUGUUUCGUUUUCUGUUUCCUGGACACCACAGAGCUCCUUAAUAAGCAUUCAUAGUCAGUUUUUGGCAGCACUGGAAUCACUGAAGGCAUUCUGGGAUGUUAUGGAUGAAAUUGAUGAGAAGACUUGGGUACUUGAGCCGGAAAAACCUACAAGGAGCGCUACAGCACGCAGAAUUGCAUUAGGGAAUAAUGCUUCGAUAAAUAUAGAGGUAGACCCCAGGCAUCCUACUAUGCUUCCUGAGUGCUGUUUUCUUGGAGCUGACCAUGUGGUAAAACCCCUGGGAAUUAGGCUGAGCAGAAACAUACAUUUGUGGGAUCCAGAAAAUAGUCUGUUACAAAAUUUGAAAGAUGUUUUAGAAAUUGAUUUUCCAGCUCGUGCUAUCCUGGAAAAAUCUGAUUUUUCUAUGGAUUGUGGAAUUUGUUAUGCCUAUCAACUUGAUGGUGCCAUUCCUGAUCAAGUGUGUGAUAAUUCACGGUGUGGACAGCCUUUCCAUCAAAUAUGUUUAUAUGAGUGGUUGAGAGGACUACUGACUAGUAGACAGAGUUUUAACGUCAUAUUUGGUGAAUGUCCAUAUUGUAGUAAGCCACUUACCUUGAAAAUGUCUGGGAGAAAAGCCUGAAAUAAGAAUGCAACAUUUCUGUGAAGAACUGGAAACUUAAAUUAUCAAAAGGAUUUUAUUUGAUAUCUUUAGAGAAAAUAUAAAGCAAGACAUACUAAUAUCAAAA